UCGUUUCUACGCAUGAGUUUAGCUAGCCAAGGUCGCCAUGAAAUCGUCGUCAAAUGUGAUCAGGAAUUUUUAUUUGAGAAUCCGUUUUUGCCCACUUUACUAGCUGCCUAUCUUGGUACUGCUCGUAAAGCGGGCAUGUGCAUGUAUUCUUCCAGCCCUACAGGUGGCAAUGUGCGAUGGAGGUCUACAAUCUCAGCUAUAUGUAAUGAAAUCCGGUUUCGCAUUUUCCAGGUUUCCACUGAAGGGAAUUCUUUAUUGAAGUGAACACAUAGGCAAUUGAUAAGUUGUGAAGGCACCGGGAAAGGAAACAGCCAGCCCGAAAGAAAUUCGCUUUUACAUUAAGGAUUUCCUCAGUUAAUUUGCGUAAACGCUUCAUUGUAGCUAAAGUGGUUGAGUUGUUCGGCGUGUUCGCAACGCCAGGUGUUAAGACCAGAAUAAGUGUUGGUGGGUGGAAAAUGCCAUCUUUUUUAUGGAGGCUUUGGCCUGGCCUGGUGCUGAUCCUCCUCCCGUCUACGCUGGCGGCUGACAAAGAGUCUUCGUUACUACAGGACUGGCACGACGUGUGGUUGUUCCGCUUCUUCCUCAAUGUGCUGGGCUACGCCACCAUCAUCAUACCUGGCUACUUUCUCAUCGGCUACUUCAAGAGGAUCAACUACCUCGAAACAGGUCGUGGCAUUUGCUAUCCUGUCAUAAAGGCCUGUGUGUUUGGUAGUGAAUCGAAGACUGGUCUCCUGGACGACGUGUCCAUAGCUCCGAGAAAUGACGCUGACUCGGGCUCGUCGGCCAGACAAGCCUUCAAGUUAGUCUUCUGCGCUGCGGGACUUCAGACAUCCUACCUGACAUGGGGUGUCCUACAGGAGAGGGUGAUGACACGCUCGUACGGGGCCUCCACCCCCGAGGAGGAGGGUGAGCACUUCAAGGACUCCCAGUUCCUGGUGUUCAUGAACCGCAUCCUGGCGCUGACUGUGUCUGGCCUGUGGUGUCUCCUAUUCAAGCAGCCUCGCCACGGUGCGCCCAUGUAUAAAUACUCGUUUGCCUCGCUCUCCAACGUCCUCAGCAGCUGGUGCCAGUACGAGGCCCUCAAGUACAUCAGCUUCCCCACCCAGGUGCUGGCUAAGGCCUCUAAAGUGAUCCCCGUCAUGCUAAUGGGUAAGAUUGUGUCGCACAAGAGCUACGAGUACUGGGAGUACCUGACGGCGGCUCUGAUCUCUCUGGGCGUCAGCAUGUUCUUGUUGACGAGCACGACCAGUAAGCACCCGUCUACGGUAACUACGUUCAGCGGCGUGGUCAUCUUGGUCGGCUACAUCGUCUUCGACAGCUUCACGUCCAACUGGCAGGACAACCUGUUCAAGUGCAAGAUGUCGUCGGUACAGAUGAUGUUCGGUGUCAACCUCUUCUCCUGCCUCUUCACCGUGGGCUCUCUGCUGGAGCAGGGCGCCUUCUUUGACUCGCUGGCCUUCAUGACGCGACAUUCGGAGUUUGCAUUCCAUGCCGUGCUGUUGUCGGUGUGCUCAGCAUGCGGCCAGCUCUUCAUCUUCUACACCAUCGCACAGUUCGGAGCCGCCAUCUUCACCAUCAUCAUGACCCUUCGGCAGGCCAUCGCCAUCCUGCUCUCCUGUUUCCUGUAUGGCCACGCCGUCACAAUGGUGGGGGGCUUCGGCAUGGCCGUGGUCUUCCUCGCCCUCUUCCUGCGCGUCUACGCCCGCAUCCGCAUGAAGGCAGGACGCAGGGUGCCGCAGCCACAGGUGCAGAAGGUCUAGGAGGAGGAGACUGAGGAGGGAACUGGAAAAACUAAAGCCACGUUUUCGUUGGUUUUUUUUUCUGUCUCUGUGUCCCUUUUGACUUUUUGUGUUCAUUUAAUGGGUUUCUACUUUGCAUAGGAAAGGUACAGAAAGGGAUUCUAAUGCCUUUUUAAAGGUGUUUGACUUGACACGCACCGAGCCGUCGUCACACAGGUCAAUUAGUCUCAAAAACCCAUCCCUAGGCAACACAGUGACUAGGGUCUGAUUUCAAUGAUGGACUUGUCAUAGAGGAACUAUGUCACUGCCUAAGUCACUACUUUAUCUGCUUGAAUAAAAUGCAAAAUGAUCACAGAGGUUAUUUUUAAUGAGUGACUUAUGCAAGUGGAUAGUUUGCAUCAACUACCUUAACUAAAACCACUGCAAAGUUAUUGCCUGCAAAAUCACAACGUUCUGUCAUAUCUGCCUCUUGAUUUGUUGGGAGAGUCCCCAGAAUGUAUAUUUUACCCUUAUCGACGUAGGCAGUGACGUAGUUUCUCUAUGCCAAAAGAGUCGGUCAUUAAUUUCAGACCUUAGUCACUGUGUUGCCUAGGGUCAGGUUUCAAGGGUACAGGUCAAUGGGAGUGAUUUGGCUGGACCAGUCAGCAGUCAUGUCCGUUUAAGUGUCUAUGACCCCAAAAUUACACAGCAAUCGUCGCUUGUACGUUUUGUCUGUCAAACCCAGUUCAAACGCAUGCAACAUUGGCAUGUCAAAUGUAAACAACUAAUAAAAUGGCUAUUGAUUUCAGCCUUUGCGAUAUGCUUCUGGAGCUGCAGUCAAAGAACAAAAAUCUGAAGUUUGUAGUUUUGGGGUAAUCACUAGUACAUGAGCUGUAUACUGCAAGCCUUCAGCUAUGAGUAAUGUAAUAUUGUGAAUGGCACUAUAUUAAGCUUAUAAGGCCUCUAUGAAAAGAGGACAUGAGAUACUAUGGUGAGCAGGCCCCAAGUAAGGUCCCGUUUUGGAUCAUCUCUGUGUAGAUACUGCAUCAAUUUAGUUUAAAACUAAUAAUUGCAUUGUUGUACAUUUUGGACAUGGCAUGAGAUAAAUGUUUGUAAUCAUUACCAGUUCAUGAUCAGGUAAUACUGCUUGAGAAUAUUUUAUUUGUUUCAUAUAAAGAAGCAGGUAUGGUAGAGGUCUCACUUUUGGCAUUAUUCUGACUUGAGAUCUAUGUGCUUAACUAAAGAAGUCUACCAUUGAGAUCAAGGAAGGAUUUACACGAACGUCCAGGUUGUGUCAGACGGAUCGGAUCUCAAGUCAAAUUACCGCCCUUUCAGAUCAUAAGAAUAGCAUAUUUCAUACAUCUUUAGUUGACUGAUGUGUUGUUCCUCAUGGCUUACCAUAGUGUAUGAUGAGGAAAGUUACUGAGUGACACCACAGAAAAUGUUUUACUAUUUUCCUAACAUCACAAGAAUAAAUGCACAGCUUACCAGCAGACCAUCAAAAAGAGCUUUGCAGAGUUACUAUGUUCUAUUUUAUAUGGAGUGAGAGGGGAAAGAGAGAUUUCAAGCAGAAUUCAAGAUGCCCAUCUUAUUUUUGAAUAGGUCAGGUAAAAGGUCAGGUACUUACGUUAGGUCAGGUAAAAGACAAUUAACUGUCAAAUGCCAGCAAGAGUUGCAACCAGGCGGAAGGACUCGAACUUCAGCUCUUGGAACAAACAGCCUGCACAAUUAUUUGUUCUCUUGUUUUGUUGGUGUAGGAUUCAACUAGGCAAACCAUAUUAUUGAAGUAUUUGAUUUGGAUAAAUGCCAUACAUUUUCAUACCGAAUGUAAGUUUAAGUAUGGUAGCAUUCAUUUAGUGGCCUGGCUGACCCAGACAAAGUGGAGGAUUUCCAAUUGCCAAGCAAUUCAUUUAGCCCUACUUGUACGCUUUACAAUCAAACCAAAUACUUGAAUUAUUUGUUACACUAUCUUACACGAACAAUCAUUAAUGGGUAGACUAUAAAUCAUUUGGAACAGGACAUACAGUACCAGUCAAAAGUUUGGACACACCUACUCAUUUCAGGGUUUUUCUACAUUGUAGAAUAAUAGUGAAGACAUCAAAACUAUGAAAUAACAUUGAAUCAUGUAGUAACCAAAAAAGUGUUAAAUCAAAAUAUAUUUCAUAUUUGAGAUUCUUCAAAGUAGUCACACUUUGCCUUGAUGACAGCUUUGCACACUCUUGACAUUCUCUUAAGGUUUGAUGUCUUCGCUAUUAUUCUACAAUGUAGAAAAUAGUUUAAAAAAUAAAGAAACCCUUGAAUGAGUAGGUGUGUACAAACUUUUGACUGGUACUGUAGACCAGUUCUGGUAUUAAAUUGCAAAUGUGAAUUUGUAUUCAAACAAGCCAUAAAGUCAAUAAUCACCCAUAGAGACAACUAAAAGAUUUGACAAACUGCAUUCACAUUUUAUAAAGUUGUACAUUCAAAUUUACAGCUCUCUUUGUCAGUAACUGGUUCAGCCCAUCUGCUUUUGCUUCAACACUUGAGAUAAGUGAAUGACUCACAACAAUAUAAAUGUCCUAUGUAUAGGCUAUACACAUGUCUUAUUGGCUAUACAGUGCCUUGCAAAAGUAUCCAGACCCCCUUGAUUAUAUCACAUUUUGGGAUGAAAAUGGAUUUAAUUGUAAUUUUGUCAACAAUACGCACAAAAUACUCUGUCAAAGUGGAUUUCUUUUAAUUAAUAAAAAAUAUGCGAAAGUCUUUGCAUAAUUAUUCAGCCCUUAAAUUAGUUAAGGAGUCAAAUUUAGCUUAUCAAAUCACAUACGUUACAUGGACUUACUGUGUGAAAUAAUAUGGGUUGACAUUAUUUUAAAUGACUAACCCUUCCUUUGUCCCCUUUACAUAAAGUGUAUUCGGAAAGUAUUCAGACCCCUUGACUCCAGAUUUUGCUACGUUACAGCCUCAAUCUAAAAUUGAUUAAAUAGAUUUUUGUUCUUCAUCAAUCUACACACAAUACCACAUAAUGACAAAACAAAAACAGGUUUUGAAUUUUUGGGAAAUUUAUUACAAAAAAAACAAACAUUUUACAUAAGUAUUUAGACCCUUUUUACUCCGUACUUUGUUGAAGCACCUUUGGCAGCGAUAACAGCCUGGAGUCUUCUUGCAUAUGACCCUACACGCUUGGCACACCUGUAUUUGUGGAUUUUCUCACAUUCUUCUCUGCAGAUCCUCUUAAGCUCUGUAAGGUUGGAUGCACAUCUAUUUCCAGGUCUCCAGAGAUGUUCAAUCGGAUUCAACUCACUCAGAGGCUUGUCACAAAACCACUUCCGGUUGUCUUAUCUGUGUGCUUAGGGUUGUUGUUCUGUUGGAAGGUGAACCUGUGCCCCAGUCUGAGGUCCUGAGUGUUCUGGAGCAGGUUUUCAUCAAGGAGCUCUCUGUACAUUACUCUGUUCCUUUCCCUCGAUCCUGACUAGUCUACCAGUCCCUGCCGCUGAAAAACAUCCCCACAGCAUAAUGCUGCCACCACCAUGCUUCACCGUAGGGAUGGUGCCAGGUUUCCUCCAGACGUGACGCUUGGCAUUCAGGCCAAAGAGUUCAUUCUUGCUUUCAUCAGACAAGAGAAUCUGGUUUCCAAACUUCUUCCAUUUAAGAAUAAUGGAGGCCAAUGUGUUCUUGGGGACCUUCAAUGCUGCAGAAAUGUUUUGGGAGCCUUCCCCAGAUCUGUGCCUCGACACAAUCUUGUCUCUGUGCUCUACGGAUAAUUCCUUCGACCUCAUGGCUUGGUUUUUGCUCUGACAUGCACUGUCAACUGUGUGACCUUAUAUAGACAGGUGUGUGGCCUUUCCAAACCAUGUCCAAUGAAUUGAAUUUACCACAGGUGGACUCCAAUGAAGUUGUAGAAACAUCUCAAGGAUGAUUAAUGGAAACCGGACGCAACUGAGCUCCAUUUUGAGUCUCAUAGCAAAGGGUCUGAAUACUUAUGUAAAUUAGUUUUUUUUAUUUUUAUAAUUUUUAAAAUUUCAAAAAACCUGUUGUAUUGUGUGGAGAUUGAGGAGAAAUAUAAAUGUAAUACAUUUUACAAUAAGGCUGUAUGGUAACAAAAUGUGGAAAUGGGUAAGGGGUCUGAAUACUUUCCGAAUGCACUGUACAUCUGUGAGGUCCCUCAGUCAAGUAUUGAAUUUCAAUCACAGAUUCAACUACAAAGACUAGGGAGCUUUACGAAGGCCUCUUAAAAAUGGCAGUGGUUGGUAGAUGGGUAACAAUAACAAGUCAGACAUUGAAUAUAUUUUAGCAUGGUCUAGUUAAUAAUGAUGCAGUGCAUUGUGUAUUAAACCACCCAGACACUUCAAAGAUAGUCCGGAAUUAAACUGCUCAGGGAUGUCACCAUGAGGCCAUUGGUUAUUUUAAAACGGUUACAGAAUACAAUGGCUGUGAUGGGACAGAACUGAGGACGGAUCAACAACAUUGUAGUGACUCUACAAUAAUGACCUAAAUGACAGUGAGAGGAACACAAAUAUACUAAAUAAAACUAUUCCAAAACAUGCAUCUUGUAUGCAACAAGGUGCUAAAGUAAUACUGCAAAAAAAACAUGGCAAAGGCAUACACUUUUUGGGCCUAAAUUCUAAUCCCUAUGUUAGGGGCAAAUCCAACACCACACAUCACUGAAUAACUGCCUCCUUAUUUUCAAGCAUGGUGGAAAUACUAUGGUAAGACUUGAAAAUUGCUGUCCAGCCUUGAUCCCCAACAUCUUGACAGAGCUUGAAGAAUUUUGAAAAGAUUAAUAGGCAAAUAUUGCACAAUUCAGGUGUGCAAAGCCCAAGCCAUGUUCACAUUGGCAGUUUGAAGUGACUCAAUCAUAUUUAUUUGCAUAUCCGAUUUUAAUCUGUUAUUUUUCCUGCAGUAUGAACAGCCAAAAAGCACAUGGAAUCGGCAAUUUCAAGUCACAUUUCAAACCACCUUCAUAGGUACUUUGAAGUCAGAUACAAAUCUGAUUCCUGGCCAUGUCUGUACAGUCCAGUCUGAUUUAUUUACCCUCAAGUGGUUUUUAGACUGUUAUUCGGCUUAUCUUGUUGCUUGCUAGCUACUCUGUUGACAGUUUGACAAGCACAUGUGGUAGCUAACUAGCUUGGUAGUUGUUUACAAACAAAUGAGUGAAUGUGCUAGAAAGCUAAACAACUACUUUGCUAGCUAGUUGACUGCUGUGGCUAGCUCAAAAAGUGUAGCCUUGUCAGCAAAUGUCUGCUGUCUGAACCUACACAUAUGAUUUGGCCACUUGUAACUUGCUGUUUGGACAGUCAGUACAGUAGUCCAAAACUGAUUUGAGCAUUAAGGCCUACAGUGUGAACAAGGCUUUAGACUUACACAAGCAGACUCACAGCUGUAAUUGCUGCCAAAGGUGUUUCUAACAUGUAUGGACUCAGGGAACUGAAUACAUAUGCAACAACUAUAUGUUUUAAAAUGUUUAUUAAUAAAAAAAAAACGAUUUCUUUCUUCCGCUUUGACAGAGUAUUUUGUGUAGAUUGUUGACCAAAAAUGACAAUUCAAUCAAAUGUAAUACCUUGUAAAACAAUAAAAUGUGAAGAAAUCCAAGAGGUCUGAAUACUUUUGCAAGGCACUGCACAUUAUUUUUAUGUUCUGUUUGCAUUAGCGUGACACUUUUGUUUCAAUGUCAGUUGGUGUUUUAACCUAACGUAGCACCCGUAAAAUAAAUGUGUGAGUGGGGUCGGAAGAAACCGGAAGUAUUUGGUUUUCAGGCUUCGGCUCUUCUCUGCUUUUCCCCUGAAAACAGGAUGCUUCUGGUUUCUGACGACAAGGCUGAGGGUGGUGAUGUCUGAAUGGAUGGUUAGCCCCAUCUUUAUCAGCCUUAGAUAAGGACUAGAGUUAAACUACUGUACUGUAGCAAAUGUCAUAGCAUGGGUCGUGGGACGUGGCAUAUUCAUGAUAGGUCAAUGGUUUUCACAUAGUCUUCAACAUUGCCUGGGGGAAUAACCUGGGGAAGAAAGCAAUUGCAAACCUUUGUAAACAUUGUCUUGGGAUCUUUUGCUUCAAUUGAAACUGUAACCUUUUUGGACACAUGGAGCGUAGUUGCAUACAGUACAUGUUCCUUAUGAUGGAUUACUAGCAUUUUUUAUCUGUCCAUAAUGACAUGCUUUAUUUUGAGGAGAGCUGCACUGUUGUCUGUUCUUUCAUGUGUGAAUGUUUUAAUGUGGCCUGAAUGGAUGGCGAUGGUUGACGCUCUCUAGUAUGUGAAGGAUCGAUUGGACAGGCUUAGGGUUUGGUGUGGAUGAGGACCUCUGCAUACAAGGGAAAUGCAAUGUAACCGGUACUUUUUUUAUUUUUUAUCAUUGUAGUAUUUCAACUAGUAGGCUAGAUUGAUUGAUUUUUAUUUUAAAUCAUUAAAUUUAUUUAAAUACAUGA